UCCGUCAUCUGGGAGGUCGAGCUCAGAGGCGCGCCAUAAACCCUAGAGGAGGAACAACCGUCAUCUGCGAACAUGGGUAUCUCUCGUGAUUCCAUGCACAAGAGACGUGCCACUGGUGGCAAGAAGAAGGCGUGGAGAAAGAAGCGAAAGUAUGAGCUCGGAAGGCAGCCUGCCAACACGAAGAUUUCUAGCAACAAGACUGUUCGGAGGGUGAGGGUUCGAGGUGGUAAUGUGAAGUGGCGUGCCUUGAGGUUGGAUACAGGUAACUACUCGUGGGGGAGUGAGGCUGUGACCCGAAAAACACGUAUAUUGGAUGUGGUUUACAAUGCAUCGAAUAAUGAGUUGGUCAGGACCCAGACUUUAGUGAAGAGUGCAAUCGUUCAGGUUGAUGCUGCACCUUUUAAGCAAUGGUACCUUCAACACUAUGGACUUGACAUAGGCCGCAAGAAGAAGCCAGCUGCUGCUGCCACCAAAAAGGAGGGAGAGGAAGCUGAAGUGGCUACUGAAGAGACCAAGAAGAGCAACCAUGUUGUGAGGAAAUUGGAGAAGCGUCAAGAGGAACGUAAGCUUGAUCAACACGUUGAAGAGCAAUUCUCCAGUGGUCGUCUUCUAGCAGCAAUUUCAUCACGCCCUGGCCAGUGUGGUCGUGCUGACGGGUACAUAUUGGAGGGAAAAGAACUUGAGUUUUACAUGAAGAAGCUUCAGAAGAAGAAAGGAAAGAGUGGUGGUGCUGCUUAAAAAAUAUCAAGUUUUCUUUAAAUUAUGCUUCUUUUUAUUGGACUUGGAUUUUGUUUGUUUUAUGAAUGCUAAAUGGAUCAAGUAAGCUUUCAUUUUUAAUUAAUCCACAUGCUUUCGAUUAAGUCAUUUUCUGUGAAAAGUAAGACAGGUACCAAACGAUUUCAUGGAAGACAGGUGGAUGGUUGCA